CGUAGCUAGCUGCUGAUAGCUUCAGCUGUAGCUCGUUGAUUCAGUAUCGAACACAUAUAACAGAAAAUUGACUUAUUUAGAUCAGUUGUUUUAAGUGAAUAAGUUGUGUCUUUCUCGGAAUUAAAAAAUCGUAGUAGUUUUUGGUUGGGAUGUUUUUUUGAAGGAGUUUACAGGAAGUGCUAGUGAGUUGUGUCUUUUUUAGAUUUAUGAACGACGUAGCGUGGUCAUCUGUCGCAAUGCCUGAUUUUUGCAACCGUCUAAAACCUUAUCUUUUCGCCUGAGAAAAAUAAUACCUGUAUAUUUAGACCAAUUAUAUAUUCAUAUAAACGCAACGACUUUCAUAUAUUUGAUAAAAAGUCAAGAUUGCAGUUUAUUUUACGUGUUUUCAUACAGGCAUUAUAAGACUUUUGGGGUCCUGUUUGUGUUCUUUGAUCAACGUGGGACACACGAAAGUGUGAUGUUGUUUUGAACGUUUCUACAACCCGUGACACCGAGAAACGGUGUUCCAAUUUGGCGCGAUUGAAUGAGAAACGUUCGAGUUUCCGAAGAUAGGAGCUUUUUGCCAUGAUGCCCGGAGACAGCCACUCGAAGACGUCUGCUAUUGCCGCCGACGCGACAUUCGGACAAUGUCAUAACUGCUCUGUUUUACACCAGAGCCUGACAGAAUACGUGUCGUCAUUUCUGGCACUGAAACAGAAGAUCACAGUUUCUGACGAUACAAUCAGGCUUCAACAGCAGCUGGAGGAACUCCGGAUCCGGUUGGUCUCUCUGGAGAAAAAGACGGCAGAUUAUGAAUCUUUGCAGGCAGAGCUGGAGCAAAAGAGGGGGGCACUGAAGGCUUAUGAACAGCUGUCAGAGACGAUGGAAGAAUUGAAGCAGAAAAACAGUAAAACUGCAGCUGAAAACAAGAAUCUUGAACAUCAGUUGAAGUGUAUGAAAGAAGAGCAGUCACUGGAAAACGCACAGCUGAGGAGAGAAAAGGCUACUGUUGAAAAUGACUUGUUACAAACUCAGGAAUCCUUAAAGAAAUUCCAAGCAGAAGCAGAGAAAUCUGAUAAAUUAAAGAAAGAGAAUGCUUCAUUGAUAAACAUGAGAGAUGAUCUUGAAAACAAAGCUAGACAGUUUGAGGAGUCGAUUUGCAAACAGAAUUAUCAAAUCUCCCAGCUGACCUCAGAGAAGAAGAUGAUAGAAAGACAUAUUAAUGACCUCCAGGUGAGACUGAUGAAACAGGAAAGAGAGAGAUGUAAAGAAUUUAAAAGUGCAGCAACUCAAGCAAGUGUACCUGCAGAGCCAAAGUUAGACAAAGAAAAGUUACGGAUGUUGCUGCAGAGUUUGUGGGCAUGUGUAGAACCUGAGGAGGAGCGGUCAGAAAGCCUGUUUCACCUUCCAGAGUCUAGUUGCAGACAACUUCUUCCCCCGUCCCCCCAACCCAAACACAAGUCAAAUCCAAGUCGAAUGUCACCUGCUGCUUCUCAGAAGAUCGGCGAAUCUAAGUGUUAUCUCGUUCAGACCAAAGCCAUCAACGAGCAGAUGAAACCGUCUCCUCGGUCACAGAAUGACGCCAAGCACCAGGCGUCUCCUCAGCGCUUGAAUAAAAAGAAGCAAGCAGGUGAUCGCAGAAACCAAAUGCCUCAACAACACAAACCAGACGAGCAGCCUCCCAGUAGAAGCAGACUCGAAGUUUCUGUAGAUGAAAUAUUGGAACUGUUUAGACCGAUGCCGCCCUGCAUAUCUCCACUCCCUGACGUGGAAAUCGAGGUAGAACCAGCGAAGAUGAAGGAGGGACAAAGAGAAGGUCAUCCUGAAUGCUCUGAUGAUUUUUCUAUUCCAAAGCAAGAAAAUCUCUUAAAUAUUGCUCCAAUGUCACUCCACAAGAGUCCAAGUUUUUCCACAUCUCAGAAAGAGGAGAAUGGGGAUUUGUCAGAAGUCACAACACAGGAAAACCAACACAUUUCCAAAGAAGACGACUUGGGACAAAGUGGUUUGUGUGCUGUUGCUAAUCGAAAUAAUGAGCUCAUUGAAGACUGUGAAAACGAUAAAUCUGACAACAACAUGUUGCCAGGGGAGGAAAUGGUGUCAUCAUCCCCUUCUAAACCAGGAGGUAAUGUUUUUGUUGAUGUUCUUCCAUUGACGACUGAAACUCAAGAACAUUUCUGUAAAGAGAAUCCCAACAGUUGUGGUGCUGACGGCAUGUCUGAAACUAAAGAUAUUUUGGAAGACACUAAAGAUUAUUUGGACAGCGUUACAGGAAUGGAUGUUGACCCAAGCUUGACUGAUGUUCUUGACGAAACACCGAUCACGCCCAAUAGUGGAAAGCUGCUCAGAGACAGUUAUGUAGUUGUACAACCUGUUGCUAGUCUAGUGAGCUGCAAGUCUUUGAAUGGUGCUGAUGUGAUGGGAAGUGGAUCAGAAGCUGAAAAGCUUCAUCAGGAUCCUCGUCAGAGCAGUUUAGACACCACUGCAUUUAAAAUCCUGGAGAGUUCCGAGUGUGUAAGCUCAGAAAUGCCUGACUUUACGUCUAGUAGCAGCAUGAGUUGUGUCGCAAAUAUAAACAUCAAAGAAAAUACAGAAAGUGACGUUAUCCAUCUCUGUGUAGACGAUAACGGGAAUGCUGCUCUGGAAACUGGAGGGGUUGAUCGUACCACCUCACCUUCAGAGUCAAAUCCCGAUAAUACAUCUGUGACUCUAGUGCUGAAGGAAGAAGAUAACGAGCAACAUUCUGACCAGGAGCCUCAUCAAACUUCAUCUAAAAAGGAUGUUGACAUUGAGACAAAAAAUGUCAAAGUGCUGGUUAAAUCUGCUCCUUUGUUUUCAGACCCUCCAGAAAAAGUUGUUGUUGAUUCUAGGUCUUUGGAAGAAAACAGACAUUCUGUUUGUAGACGAUUAAGUCCUACCUGCAUGUUACCGUCUGUAAAACUGCAGCAGGCUGUAGUAAUGGAACAAAGCACAGAAAAUAAAGGCACUUCCACUUUAAGCAGAGACGCAGAGGACAUCAAACAAGUUGUUGUCAAAGAGCUUUCUCAGAACAACGCAGAUGCAGGUUGUACUGUCUCACUGAUGAAGGAUACUCUUGCAACAGGACAUAAUGACUGUUCGGAGACACGUGAAUCAAUGCAUGGAAAGCAAAGUUCCCAUGUCAUUGUUGACAGAAAAUGUAGCUCAAAAGGAACUCCAACUUGUGCCGAAACACCAGAUUAUAUCAGUCAUGUCCUCUCUGAAAUGGGUCCUCUUCCACCUUUCCUCUCUCCCCUAACCACACCCCCAAAGGCGGGGAAAUCGAUCAACCCCAGAAAUGCAAUAGAAAAACUUUCAUUUCCUUCACCCAUGGGUGGUGUAGCUUCCCCUACCACUCCUGACGAGGCCCAGUUAUUUCCUAACAAUCAGCUAUGUCCCUCCUUGAACAGUCCGACGCCUUCAAACGGAGUCCUAUCAUCACCUUUGCAGUUCGGCUCUGCCACCCCCAAACAUGCUUUACCUGUUCCUGGACGCUUGCCCAGUAAAGCAAAUAACUCUUCCCCUUCAUCUUCUGCUAGUCCACCCCAGGAAAACUCGAUGAAGAUUCUUGAUACCAUGUAUCCUGAGCUGUCUGCUCGUGCCCGGACUCUGAGCAUCCUUCGAGGUAAUGUAAGCCUCGGUAUGUGUUCAUCAGAAAGCGGGACAUUACCCACAACAUCAGAUGGUCAGGUGUCAAGCUUUAAAGCCAUCAGCUCUACGUCAACAGCCUUCACAAGGAAUGAGAAAAGGCCGGCUGAAUGGUUGUCUCAGCCUAAAAAGAGCAAAUGUCCCAAGCUUGGAGUCAGUUCUGCUGAUGUCACUCAAAUAGAGAUGCAUUCCUUGACCCCAAGCAGUGAAGAAGACACCACCUCGCCUUGUACACAGAAGUUGAAAACAGUCUCUCCAGGUGUAGAAGCUGAAGAAACAGCUGAGCAAGACGUUAUCGUUAACCCUUUGGAGAAAAUUAGGAACCAGUGCUUCGAUCUGCUGCCUGUUCUCCAGAGCCACCUCUUUGUUGGGAAUCUGCCCAAAAAGCCAGUCCUCAGAGACGAAGAGAAGGAAGUCAUCUCUGACAUGUGCAAGUCUGGCUCGACUCAAAUAGAAGACAUGAUGUUGUCCAUCCUGAACAAACUGAAGGCUGAAAAAAAUGUCCUCUGCACAAACUACACACAGGCCCUCUGUAGAGUGUACACAGGGAUCUGUAGACAGAAGGGAUACUGGGAGAAGGCUCGCACCCUGGCUUACAGCAUCCUGAUCGAAGAUUUCACAGAUUCUGCUAAGCUGGUUUUAUUCAUGGUGACAACGUGGCCAAAGGUCCUGUCAAACGGUAGUUUGCUGUGCCAGGCCAUUCAUACCAUCACUAAACUGAAGGCACAAGAGGGGCUUCUCGACUGUCUUUCAAAGUUCCUUGGUUGGGAGAAGAAUCCUCCCUGUGACAUUGACCAGCUGAUCUCAAGAACACUGUCUGAGCUUCGGUUGGGGUCAAAACAGUCUUUCUCCAAGCACAGUCACUACGGAGAAGACCUAGGAAAUGAAUCUUGGGAACAAAUCUUCACACUGCACCUCCUGUGUUCCUGCAAAACGUGGAAAUGGACAUAUGAACAUAUACUGGGCAAUGAGUUAUGGCCAUUAAUGAACUCUUGGGUAACACAGCAAAGAGGUCAACAGGAGCCUGUCUCUGAUGUGAACGUUGCCACUGUACUCCGACUCAUAGGACGUCUAUGUCAGCUGGGCCUUAAGGAGAGUUGUGUCACCUCGGUGGUCACUGUAGCCAACGUCAUCAACACAUUUGGAAGACAUGGACAAGCGGAAGGUGUGCCAUGGGAGGUCCAAUUAGCAGCCAUCUACUGCAUCUAUGACCUGUCUCCCUCCAAUCCCAAACAAGCCCUCAGUGCCGUGGCAGAAUGGAGAGGAGAAACCACCCAGAAGGUCCCUCCUGCGGUCACUAGUUGCAUUAAUCAAAUAGCAUCUAUUUGCAGAAGGAACAAAAGCUGAAAAACUACAAAUCUUCAUUCACUGGAAUUUCAGUGUGUAACUAUUUUAAUAAUUUUAGUUGUAUUGUCUUUAUUUGACCUAAAUUGUUACAGAUAUCAGAUUUUUUUUUAUAAAUGUAUGAUUUUGCACUUAAACUUAAAAAUGAUCUUUAUUCUCUACAUUUGUAACACAUUUAUAUUAUAUGGUAGAUAUAAACAUUGUUUUCUUAAUGUUUUAUUCUACCUUGUCCCCCGAGGAAUGCAGCUUGUGCCUCAUUAUUCUCAGGUACCACUGUAAAAUAUUGUAAAAUUGUUCAAGUGUAACUUUGAGUUUACUGUAAAAAUGUAGGGUAAUAAUGUUUGUGUUCAUGAAGGCUUUGUGCAAUUUGGAAGACCUUUAUUUUUCCAAUAAAAAUAUUAGCAUUUAUUUUUA